AAAGCGACCACGGAGCCGUCUUGCUGAUCAUUCUGAGCGAGUCACUUCACGCUUGGCGUCACAUGUUUUCUGUGAUCGAGUUCUUAUUAUGGCGUGGUGUGUGUUCACAAGGGGCUAUCCCUUCUGGCCACUUUAGUGCGGUUGAGCGUGGAGCCAUGUGGAGUGGCUGUGGGUGUUUUGAGGAGGAUACAUAUAGUCCGUAGCUUCGGUCCUGUUGCAGUUCGUACUCUUUGCAGAUAAAGAUAUGCCUUUAGAAACUCACAUCGUUUAUGCUAUUGAACUACGCAGAGGAAAAUAUGAUGCAGUCUGUGACUCUGUGUUGCCCUGUCCACAUGAAGAAGCGAGAGCCUUGUCACAGUCGCCGAGACGUAGGAGCACUGUACUACUACGUUGAUGCUGCCCUGAAGCAACACGAUUGUCAAAGCAUUGAAGCCGCGCUGAAACAUGAUUGACAUGCCCGGAGCAGAACUUGUCACGAUGCCAUUGACAUCAGGAGACUCUGGUGACAUCCACAUAUGUGGCAAGUGCCGUGCCACCUUUUCGAACAUUGAAAGUUUUCUGGCACACAGGCAACAGGAAGAAGCAUCCCAUAACGCAGAACCUGUUCUUCCUGCGACCUCCCAACACAGUUCAACAAGAAAUGUGACGAAAAACUUCAUACAGUUCCACUCCCACCUGGACAUCCAGCAAAACCAGCCACGCGGCUCACAGCCCUGCCAACAUGAAAGUUGCAAUGAACCAGCCGAGGGGGCAUUGGAGCUCCAUGCUGCUGCAACUCAUGGACCACAUAACUUGAGGGAAGCCAGCCCUGCUGCUGUUCCGCUGCCUGCCACAUUGUCCGCAGAUGUUCCUUGGACAGUACAGACCACAGUGGACAGUACUUGCAUUGCCAGUGCUGCUGCCUCUGAUGCUAAUGCUGCAGUAGCUGUUGUGAGCACACCUCUUACUGGCCUGGCUGAAAGUGCGCCGUGA